AUGCAGGUUUGGACGCACCACUGUCACUUUUGCGGUGCGCUUCUCCCAGGGACAACACUUGUGCAGCGUUUACGGCGCUGGAUACGACACGCGUUCUUCAGCUCACAGUCUGGGCAAGGCUCUGCACCGAUAUCGCACCUGAUCUGCGCUCACUGCGACGCCUACAAUGGUUUUGACCCCCAAAGCGAGUCUGGAUACGACGAGCACUGGCCUGCGUUCUACGCGGCUCGAUGUGGGCGUCCGAGUCCAGCGCUCACUCCUUUGCCGGCAUCGACCCGCCACACUUUGACACUGAGCGCACAGGAGGUUGCCUCUCCCGAUAGCCGGCCCCUCGGAGGCUCAUUGAAGGCCACGGAUCCGCUUGACGUGCCUUGUCCGAUGCACGUGUUCUGCGCAACCUGCCUGGAUACACUGGAACGCUGGAGACUAGCGAGGGCGGCGCUCCUGGAACCGGGCCAGCCUCUGCCUGCAACGCGUCAGCGCGGAAAGGCAGCGCUGCGGGGCGUGGGAACUCCCCAUUUCGAGCAGUACGAUCGAGAGCUCCAGGCUAUCGAUGCUGCGUAUGCACUCUGUCCACGCUGCAAGGAGGCUGUUGAGCGGCAGCUCGAGCAGGUAGAGGCAGCCGUGCGGAAAUGGUACAUCGCCAGGCGUCUAGAGGCAUCACUACGAGAACGUCUUGACGGCGUGCUAGGCAAGCGCGAAAGACCGUCCCAGAGAGCACUUUUGGGACCGCAACCAAGCCGUACGCAAGAUGAACCUGCCACAGUUCAGUUGCGAGCGAAUUCACCUUCUACCAUGAUAACCGCAUAUCCGCGGUUUGUACCAGUCAAGCUGCUUCCGAAGCGUUUCGUGAAAUGGAUCAUUGCGUUCAUGUCAGGCCUUACCCUGGCAAGUGUCUUCGCUGCUCGAGGGCGCCGUUUCGGUUGCUUCUGGCCCUUUGGCGAGAAGCUGUUGCUUGCGACAUCUGCUGCACAAUCCAAGGCAAUAGCUGGGAUCUGUUUUUCACGUGUCGCAUGGCGUUUUUGUGAACCCCUGAUCCAAAGCGGGCGGCGCCUCAUGCCAUGCAACAUGGCACUUGUCUGGCGACGGGGCGAUCUCUGCAUCAUAGCAUGGACGAUCAGUGUGCUCCUGGCUUGCGUAAUGUCACGCUGGCUGUUGUGCAAGUGCAAGCAGCUCUUCAGGGCGUCUGUUGCAGCGCAAAAAGUCCAUGCUCCUGAAACAUUCGACGGGCAGCUAGCAGUCGCGCUUUCGCAGCGACUACAUCUGUCAUCUGGAGGCAAGGCGAAGAGCGCUAUGGCGCCGUCUGCUCCGCCCACGCCGGAGUCGCACUCUACGUGCCCACCUCGUCAGAGACGAGGCGCCAUAUCAUCAUCAUCAUCAUCUAAGUGUGCUGGUACGUUUAUGCCAGCUACACCGCAACCACGUCACGCCAUCGCAUCGUCUCAACGGACGCUUUCCCAGCACUCAAUAGAAGCUGCACAAGUUCGAGGACCUUUCGCGACAAGUUCCUGUCGGCUGCUGGUUUCGUGCGUUCGGCAAAGCGCGCUCUUCCGUGCUUGGGACUGGUACGAUAGCGCACGGCUCUUGCUUCUCGGAAUCAGACUAGCUGAAGCCGGUUGCUCACGAACUUUUUGCUGCUCUGUUUGGUGGUCGCUCAGCACGAGUCUCUGUCAGUUUCUGCUGCUUAAUUGCUCUCUGUACGGUAUCAUCGGCGGCAGGAGAGAUAGUCCAACGACAUCGACUGCAACAUCGACGAGUGCAGCACCAGCAGCAGCGCCAGAAAACGUGUGUGCGGAUGCUGCAUUCACUCCAGCAUCGGAGCGCGCUUCGCUUCCGCAGUUCCCGUGCACUGGUUUUGCUGGCACUCCGGAAAGGUGUACUCCGCGCGAAACCGCCGCGACGUCCAGUCUGGAACGCCAGCCCGCACUCGAGAGUUGCUGGCACUUGCGAACCUCCUGGUACUGGUGGCGGAACUUAUUUUGUGCUAGGCGCUCGCCCAACACGCCCAGAAUGAUCAUUGGUCUGCAUCUGGUGCUCUGUAUCGAUGUCGUUCGGCGUUUUCUCCGAGCAUUGACCUCGGGAAGCGCUUGGCGACCUGUGGGUACGCUGUCUGCACAGUGGUGGCGAUGGCUGCGAAAACUUGUGACUGUAGACACGCUCACGCUCGCAAGCAUGGUGGUGCUCGUGCUGGUGUUGCGGCGGCGUGCAUUCACCUGA